GAGAAGCCGACUCGGCGUCUAUUUGACGAUGCGUCUCGUCGCCCACUUCGCCGCGGUAGCGGCUUGCUGUUUUGCUGUAACUAUCUCCCAAGCAGUGCCCAAGACGUACUUUGUCGAGUUGUCCAAGGACUCGACAGAAGGACUCAGCAUCAGUCCACAUGAUCUCGCCAGCAAGGCAGCCGAAGCGUCUAUCCCGCUGCGUGUGCGAUACGAGUACACCGACAAAAGCGUAUUUUACGGCGUAUCAGUCUCUCUAGACAGCGAUUCAGACAGUGAAAAGUUGCGAGCUCUUCCGGGUGUCGAGAAUGUCGUUCCCGCCCAGAGCGUGGCGCACCCCCAUCGCCCGAGCAGCAACGUGAAGAGGUCUCCUUCCAGCAGCAAGACUAGCGAGCACGUCACACGCAACUAUGACAGCGGUAGAGACCAAUUUAGAUCCUCGCGGUCUCGGAGGGCGGAUGUCGACUGGAACAGUCCACACGCCAUGACGGGUGUCGACCGCGUUCACGCAAAGGGCGUGCUCGGCGAGGGCGUACGCGUCGCCGUCAUCGACACGGGGAUCGACUAUCUGCAUCCGGCCCUGGGAGGAUGCUUCGGAAAAGGCUGCAAGGUCGAGUUCGGCUACGACUUUGUCGGCGACGACUACGGGUUCGGCAACUCCACCCCGAACCCGGGCCCGGACCCGCGGCCGGGCUGUUUUGACAGCUUUCACGGCACCCAUGUGGCGGGCAUUAUCGGUAUGGAGGUUCCCUCCAACGCCUCCAUGUUUCCUGGUCUCGUUGGCGUUGCUCCUGGGGCGACGCUGGGCAUGUACCGCGUCUUUGGGGGUGAUGGGAGUGCGUCGGAUGAUGCUAUUGUUGCGGCUAUGCAGAGGGCUGUUGAGGAGGGUGCCCAUGUUGUGAGUAUUUCGAUUGGGGAGUUUGGGACCUGGUCGGGUUAUCCUGGGUCGAUUCUUCCUGCUGCGGUUACCGCUCUGAGAGCAAAAGGCGUAGCUGUCGUUGCUGCCGCUGGUAACUCUGGCACAAGGCAUAACGCAAAGUUUCCAACGUAUCCGAUCCGUGACUCCAAUGGUGCUGGGUUCCGUUACGGAGCGUUGCAUCCCUUCCCGGAGGGAGAGUAUCCUGUUGCGUGGGCCGGGAGAAACACGUCCACUUACAGGUUUGGCUGUUCGGCUUCCGACUAUCCGUCAGCCGGUAGUCUCCAGGGGCCGAUUUCCGAGUACAUUAUCGCCGUCAAGAGAGGGCCUUCGUGUUCGUCGACGCAGGUUCAGACGUAUGCCUCUGCGGCCAACUUCACUCGUGUCAUUACAUACCGGGAUCCCACCAUCGAUGAUGCUUUCAUCAAAGGCCACGCCGUGCCAACGCCGUCUCUUACUGCGGAUGGAUAUAUCUAUCCUAUGGGCAGCGUGAUUGACGAGAUACUUUCGAACGCGGCCAAGAGCACCGGACAGUACAAGUUGCUUGUUGAGUCCCAGACGCCUCUUCUGGUGGAUCAAAUAGGCGGCGGAUCACCAAACAACUUUAGCAGCAUGGAACCCAACGCCGACUUCGCGUUUAAGCCCGAGAUAGCUGCCCCCGGCGGAAUGAUUCUGGCCACUUUCCCGCUCAUGGAGAACAGCGGCGGUUUUGGCAUCAUCAGCGGCACGUCCAUGGCGACGCCUUACAUAUCGGGUGUAUAUGCUCUGAUCAAGUCACAGAAUCCCGACUUGUCCGUUGAAGAGAUCUUUGAGCUGAUGCAAACCACCGCUGCGCAAGUCAAUAUGGCAGACUAUGAUCUGAUGGCGCCUGCGAUUCAACAAGGAGCAGGUCUGGUUCAGGCGCACAAAGCCGUGUUUUCGGGAACAGUGGUAUCCCCAGGGGAAUUCAAACUGGUUGAUGCCGAGGAGGCUAGUUUCACCAUCGACAACCCGUCAGAUACCGACGUGACAUACAGCUUGUCAAACAUACCUGCGGCUGGUGCAGCGCCCUUCUCAGACGGACCGAGCCGUACCGCGCAAGUCGGCUACAUCCCUCAAUCCUUCUCAGCCAAAUUCGACUUCACAGUUGGAAGCCAGGUCACCGUCCCAGCCGGCGGCUCCGCCAACGUCUCGUUCUCAAUCACUCCCCCAUCAUCACCAGACGCCAGCCUCGUCCCCCUCUUCUCCGGCUUCAUCGGCAUCUCCUCCUCCACCAACGAGACCUUUACGAUCCCGUACAUGGGCCCGGUCUACAACUACAGCAGCACGCCCAUCGUCGGCCUAAAGAACAUCACCGCAGAGCAGCGCCUCAACGCCCUGACACCGACGCGCGACCCCCUCUCCGCCCCGCAAGUCUUUGCCAACGGUGACAAGGCCGAUAUCGGCAACUAUCGCUCCUUUCCGUUCCAGUACCCGGACUACCCUGUCGCGCUAUUCACCUCGCUUCAGCCGAUGCGCAAGUUCCGCUUCGAUAUUGUGCGCGCGAGCACAAACUUCACGCCGACGUGGUACGGCUUCGAUCCCAGCGUGAAAUUUGAUAAUCUCACCGAGACGUCGAUGACGGAGAAUGGUACGAUUGCUGGCGUGCCUAUACUCGGUUCGAAUAUGAUUCAAAACGGGUGGCUGCCGCAGACGAGUUACCAGGCCGGAUGGUCGUAUAGCAUUCUUGAUGUUACGGCUACGAGAGGGUUGGGGUUGAAGAAGGGGUCUUAUCGUAUUUUGCUUCGAUGGCUCAAGUUUUACAAGGAUGAGGAGGAUCCUGCGUCGUGGGAUAGCUGGAUGAGUGGUGUUGUUGAUGUUUUGGAGGACAUUUUUGAGCCGACUGUUCCAUCGUAG